UGUAGCGAGUGUCCAACUUUGUGCCUCGCUGCUGCUGCUGCUUCUUCUCCUACUUCUUCUUCUCAUUCUGCUGCUGCUCCAAAAUGGAGGCUGCGAUCAUCACUUUUUCUCGACUCCUUCGUCCCUACUGAUCCCACCCGAGAGCCUCCCAGCCCCGGCCAAGAGAUCCAAGAAGGAACCCGACGAGAGGACGACAAAAAAGUGGGAUUUGGACGGAAUUGAAGUGAUUAUCGUGGCGACUUCACACAUGGCGCAGGUUGGCAGCAUCACGGUUUGGCUCCGUGGCACUCUUGUGACCGGCUGCAUUUCCUGGAAUAAGCUGGAACCUGAGCCUUGAAAAGCACACCAUGGAGCGCCUGUAGAACCCCUCCCUCCCCGCCGCCCCCUUCCACAGUCACCACCUUAAGUCGCCUUCCUCCUCCCUGUCGGGGCCAGCAGACACAAACAAAUAAGGGCGACAAAUCUUGGAUCUGCCGCGGGAGAAUUGUUAUCUAUUUGGGUCAGCCUCGUUGGGUGGCAGAUUUAGUGUGUGUGAGUGGUUCCCCGUGCUAGGUGCCUGACCUAGGCACCUCAGCCAUGAGACCCAAGACGUUCCCGGCAGCCCCCUAUGUUGGCAACACGCGCCAGAGGCUUCAGGAGAUCAAGGAGGGCCUGAAGCAGCCCGCCAAGCUGGUAAGCCAGGCCCUGCACGGGAGCGGCUCGCGUGCCGAGGGCGGCCGCCCGGCCGACUGCAAAGGCGGCAAGGACGCCGCUGGCCGGCAACAGCCCGUGCGACCACCGCAGAAGUUCAACAACUACCAGAAUGCCCUGCGAGAGAUCCGCAAGUCCCUCAUGCCCUUCGCCAACGAGUCGGGUCCCUCAUCCGGGUCGGGGCACCCAGCUGGCGAGGUGAACCGGCAGAUGCUACAAGAGCUGGUCAACGCCGGCUGCGACCAGGAAAUGGCCAUCCGGGCACUGAAGCAAACGGGAAGCAGGAACAUUGAAGCGGCGCUAGAGUACAUCAGUAAAAUGGGCUACCUGGACCCCCGCAACGAGCUCAUUGUCCGCGUCAUCAAACAGACGUCGCCAGGAAAAGCAGGUAUGCCCCCUUCAAUGGACCACCGUCCUGCAAUGGAGGCCUCAGGUGAUGCAACAGGUGCUAUGCCCCCUUACCACCCAAUGGGGGCCCCCAUGUAUGAGGGUGUACCUGGUUAUGGGCCAGAGGGACCUUACAUGAGUCCUCCCCCUGUCAUGAACUACAUGAUGCCUCCAUCUGGGGCAGCACAGGGUCCCCCAAUGGGGAACCCAUUGGGUCGUCCUCCCAGUAUGGGCAGCUACACGCCAGUGAUGGCCACCCAGAGUAACCCCGCCAACACCAUGUACCCUCCUGGGGCCCAACAGAAAGGCUAUCCUGGCGGCAUUGAACAGCACGGGCCCAUGAUGAGCUACAAUGUCCCCAGUCAACCUCUGCAGCUCCAGCCACAGCCCCCGGGGGCCCCCGUUCCAGGCCAGCACUAUGACUAUGGCCAUACCAGGCCUCACUUAAUGGAGCCUGCAGGCUAUGGAGUCAAGAGAACCGCAUCCUUUCAAAACAAGAUGGCACCCUCAGACAACUAUGUCAACAUGCAAGGUAAAGGCGCCAUGGGCCAGAACGGGCCAGGAGGAGGUGGGGGAGGGUACCCUGCAACUCUCUACCUGCCCUCUCACUCACACCCGCGCCAGGCAAGCCCAACCUCCCACCAAGUUCAUAUGAUGUCCCGUUCACCAGGUGGGGUGCCAGCCAUGGGCCCGGACUUCCCCGAUCUUCCCCAGGGGUUAAUGACACCUUCCAGGGCUAGCCUCAACCUGGACUUGUAUGAGCACCACUGGGCGGGGCCUCCAGGUCCUGAAGGGGCCCCCCCAGCCAGGCAGCCACAACCCCAGGGGCCCUUUAGGGGUGAGGUUCGUGUUCCUAGCAGAGCCAACUCAUUCAAUAGCCGCUCCGCUGUAUCCAACGGGGUUCGCCCAGCGAUGACCGCACCCCCUUCUGGUGGAAAACCGGAACCUUCCCUGGGCCCUCCCAACACCAUCACAGCUGUCACAUCUCCACCCAUCCAGCAGCCAGUCAAGAGUAUGCGGGUGAUGAGACCGGAGCCCAAGACGGCCGUGGGACCGUGUCACCCCAGCUGGAUGACUGCACAGGCCCAGGAUGCAUCAGAACCGCUGGCCUACAUGCCAGAAGAGUCUUACUCCCUGGAGCCCCCACAGGAGCCCCGCUGCCCACCUCCGCCUUACCCCAAAAAUCUGUUCAUGGCAUCUGGCGAGACCGGGGCCCUGGAGGGUGCUGGCGCCAUCAGCAGGGCUCAGGAUCUCAGCAAUGCUGCUUCCAGAAGCGCACACAGCGGCAGUGGAGGGAGCGGAAAUACGGACGACGGAGACCAGCAGGUGAAGGAGAAGACAAAAGUCAGCAAGGGAGACAAAACCCUCAAAGACAAGAAGCAGAUCCAGACGUCGCCCGUGCCGGUGAGGAAGAACGGACGCGACGAAGAGAAGCGAGAGUCCCGCAUCAAGACCUACUCGCCUUUCGCCUUCAAGUUCUACAUGGAGCAGCACAUUGAGAACGUGAUGAAGACCUACCAGCAGAAGCUCAACCGCCGGCUUCAGCUGGAACAGGAGAUGUCCAAGGCUGGCCUGUCCGAGGCGGAGCAGGAGCAGAUGAGGAAGAUGCUCAACCAGAAGGAGUCCAACUACAACAGGCUGCGACGCGCCAAAAUGGACAAAUCCAUGUUUGUCAAAAUCAAAACGUUGGGGAUUGGCGCCUUCGGGGAGGUGUGUUUAACGCGUAAGGUGGACACCUGCGCACUGUAUGCCAUGAAGACCCUGCGCAAGAAAGACGUCCUCAACAGAAACCAGGUGGCUCACGUGAAGGCGGAGCGCGACAUCCUUGCGGAGGCGGACAACGAGUGGGUGGUGCGUCUAUACUAUUCCUUCCAGGACCGUGACAGCCUCUACUUCGUCAUGGACUACAUCCCCGGGGGAGACAUGAUGAGCCUGCUCAUCCGGAUGGGCGUCUUCCCCGAAACUUUGGCGUGCUUCUACGUGGCCGAGCUGACACUGGCUAUUGAAAGCGUCCACAAGAUGGGCUUCAUCCACCGCGACAUCAAGCCAGACAACAUCCUCAUUGACCUGGACGGACACAUCAAGCUCACCGACUUCGGCCUGUGCACGGGCUUCCGAUGGACUCACAACUCCAAGUACUAUCAGAAAGGGAGCCACGUGAGACAGGACAGCAUGGAACCCAGCGACUUCUGGGACGACGUGUCCAACUGCCGAUGCGGCGACCGACUGAUGACGCUGGAGCAGCAGGCCAAUCGGCAGCACCAGCGCUGCCUGGCUCACUCGCUGGUGGGCACGCCCAACUACAUCGCCCCCGAGGUGCUCCUCCGCAAAGGUUACACCCAGUUGUGCGACUGGUGGAGUGUGGGUGUGAUCCUGUUUGAGAUGCUGGUGGGGCAGCCGCCCUUCCUGGCCCCCACUCCCACAGAGACCCAGAUUAAGGUCAUCAACUGGGAGAGCACGCUGCAGGUGCCCGCGCAGGUCAAACUGAGGCCGGAAGCCGUCGACAUCAUCGCUCGCCUCUGCUGCUCGGCGGAGGACCGCUUAGGUGCCAAUGGCGCCGGAGAGAUCAAGGCGCACCCCUUCUUCAGCAAGGUGGACUUCUCCAGCAACCUGCGGCAGCAGCCUGCCCCCUACCGGCCCAAGAUCGCCCACCCGAUGGACACUUCCAACUUUGACCCCGUGGAGGAGGAGGGCGGGCCGGGCGCCUGGAGCGACAGCGGCGACAGCACCCGCGCUUUGGAUGCCCUCUGCUCCCCGCACGGCAAGCACCCCGAGCACGCCUUCUACGAGUUCACCUUCCGCAGGUUCUUCGACGACAACGGCUGCCCCUUCCGCUACCCGAAACCUCUGGAGGCCGCCGGCAGCAUGGACCCGGAGGAGGAAGAGGAAGUAGAGGAGGAGGAGGAAGAGGAGGAGGCCGGGGAGGGGUGUGAGCCCGUCUACGUGUAGACCAGCCAACCUCCCACCUGUCACUAUCGCUUCUUAUCUCUGACUGACUCCCCCAUCGCACGCGACCAAAAAGCAACAUUCUGCCACACAUCCGGCGUCAGGCUUGCAGAGUCUGGUAAGAAUGUCACAGAAAAUGUGGGAAUCCCACGCGGCUGCUCCUGGUUCUUCCUUCCAUUCCGCGCUUUCUUUCAUCCUCGUCUUACGCGUGACUGAAACGACUCCAAAGUGACUUUCUUUUUUUUUUUUUAAAGAGUGCUUUUACACUGAAAUAACACACAUGUGAACAGGAAGUCAGUGGGACUGAACCAAAGCAAAUCACAAAAAGGAGGGUGACGCUUGCUAGCUUUCUGUGGAAAGUUUAUUAGCAGGGGACAACACAAAACAACACAAACUUACUCUCUCGGAAUUGAGUUAGCCAUUUUACGUGGCGUUUUCCAACACUUCCAAAUAUGACAAACACACACCGCACAUACACGCACAUUCCACUUCCACAGCUGAUAUAUAAUAAGCGUAAAAUACACUUUCUAAGGCUCAACAAGAGACAGGUGUGACACAUUCAACAUCCCACAAUCUAACGUUGGUCUUCUUCUAUGACAGCUGGUUUCAGGUAGCACGAGAGAGCGUUGUCGCCACCUGCUGGACCAUUGAUAGACACCCCUUCAGAAUGAAAACGCAAGAUUAAGACCCGCGACCCACUGAAAGGUCUGAUCGGGAGCCACUGGUUGAGAAUCAUUGUCAUACAAAAAUGUUUUAACCCAGGGGAGUCCAAAGUGGGGGGCUCAUUUUUUAUUGGUGAGACGAGACGUGCGCCCUCGUUGACUUGGGCCACCGACCGCCACUACGCAUGCAUGUGCAAAAAACAGCAGUUGUCAGUGUCGUAACCUCUAAACAAUGCGACCCUUUUGAAGGAGAGUUGAGUCUUUGGAUAAAAUAACCCAAUGUUAAUGUUUUUGUUUCACACCACAUCAGGGGUCUCAAACUGCGGGCCAUUUGCGGCCCACCAAAUCGUAUCUUGCGGCCCGCGACUGGACAUCAAAGAGUAGUGUAACUGCAGCCCGCAACAUCCGGGCAAGCUCAGCGUUACUUCCAUACUUCCAGGGGCAAGUAAACACCAACACUGAACUAACAGUGGUGUUAUCACAUCGAUGUAUUGGGAAUGGUAUCGUAUCGUGAGAUUCCCAGCCCUACUCCCAAUACUUGAUGCGGCCCAGCCUCACCCACACUCCACCUCCACUGGUCCCCACUGAAUUUGAGUUUGAGACCCCUGCACUACAUCCUAUUAAACGACGAUGAUGCUAUUCACGUGUGUUAAUGUAUGUUAACGAUGGCAGAGUCGUAAUAUAAUGCUGUUUCAUGUUGUUAAGGAUCGCGAUACGUUCAUGUAAAUAUCAUCAUAAAUUGUAAACGCUGUCCUUUAAUAGGUUGGGGAAAAAGCUACAUUUUAUUAUACGUAUGAAGUGAAUUGAAUUCAUUAUAUGACAUGAAUAGCAUCACAGUAUAUCGUAAAUGUUAUCAUUUAAUAGACUGUAGUGUCAAACCUGUAUAUUAAAUGACAAAAUGCAUUAGCAAUGGGUCAUUUGGUCUAAAAUAGGGGCGUCCAAAGUGCGGCCCAGGGGCCAUUUGCAGCCUGCGGCUGUUUUUUUAUUGGCCCGCGGCACAUUCAAAUUCAACAAGAACAUUAAAAACAGUCAGCAGCAGUAAUUUUACAAGAAUAAAGUCAAAAUUUGAAGAGAAAAAGAAGAAAACUAGUUGGGGAAUGUAAAAAAGAAAGAACAGCAGAGAUGGAAAAAAUUGCUGUAAUUUUACAAGAACAAAGGCAAAAUAUUAAGAAAAAAAUUUAUAUUCUAACGAGAAAAAAGUCACAAUUUUACGAGAAUAAACUUGUAAUACAAUGAGGAAAAAUGAUGUCAUUUUAGCAGCAUCAAGUUGAGUUAUUAAGAAAAAUAAAUACAUUUUUCAAAGCAUAUACAUUAAUAUUUGGAAACAAAAAAGCAAAAUAAAGUAGCAAUUUUUUGAAAAGUGUUACGAGAAGUGCAAAUUUUAGAGGAAUAAAAUCAUAUUAUGAGAAGAAAAUUGACAAGAAAAAAAGCUCAACUAGUUGGGUCAUGUAAAAAAAAAAAUUAAAAGAACAGCAAAAAUGGAAAAAAAUUGCUGUAAUUUUACAAGAACAAAGGCAAAAUAUUAAGAAAAAAAGUCAUAUUCUAAUGAGAAAAAAGUCACAAUUUUACGAGAAUAAACUCUGAGGGAAAAUGAUGCACUUGUGUCUACCUGCAAAAUAUCAAAGCGGCAAAGCUGAAUCCUUUCAUUUUUCGCUACGUGGCCCUCCCCGGCGUGAAGACCCUACUCUCCUUCAAAAAGGAUGUGCAGUUCGACAGUUACAACGCUGUUGUGAGCGUGCCUGCGCGGUAGCGGUAGGUGGCACAAGUCGACGGGGGCGCACGUCUCGUCUUAACACCGGCGGCAUAUUGAAAUAAUACCUAAAAGCUGCAGUCUUACAAGAAGAAGCUGAAAUGUUGAACGUUGGAGGAUAUCGUGUUUGUGUCACAUCGCCUUCUCCUCUUCUGUAGUCAGCCCGGGAUGGAAAAAGUUUGGCUUUCUUACCGAUACGCUGAUAUUGUCCAGCGCUUCAUUACCGAUGGCGAUAUCGAAACAGGUGGCAGCUGUUUUGUGCUUGACUACAGCCUAUUCUUAUUAAAAAUAUGCAUCUAUUUUGCCUGAAUUAAGCAUUUUCUAGCAUAAAAUGAAGUCAAAUCCAAAUAGUCAUUCCUCAUGGAUCGCGGUUUAUUGCUUCCAGACCCGACCGUGAUAAGUGAAUUUCCGCAAAUUAUUAUUACAUUUUAAUAAAUGGAAUAUUUUUGUCGUUAGAACAACGAAAAUGUGUUUGUGACUUUCCAAAUCCAAUCUUUAAAUGGGGCGUUCAGGUUUAUAAAAAUCGUAUCAGUACGUCUUUGGUGUUGAGUGAGUUCAUACGGAAUCCUGCUUUGCGGCCGGGCCUGGAACCGAUUCACCUGUCAUGCGCGGCCGUGGAACACGGCGAGUAUUUUAGGAUCCCAAAUGCAGACAAGGGAAGCAGAAAAUACAAAAAGAACAAUUUAAUGUACAAAAGUGUCCAAAACGAAAAUACAAAGUACAAACAAGGAAAAUCCAGCAAGGGUAAGAGUCAAUAACAAAAAACACUAACAGCAAAAGGCUGUUAGGACAAAAACUAGCAAUAACAAAAAUACACUGCAGGCAAACCUUACAGGAGAAGAUCACAAAAGACUAGCAGGUAGGUUCGGGUAAGCAGGGAGCCAGAGAGCAGGGUAAGGAGCAGGGAGCCGGACAAAGCGGUACAGGAAGCAGGUCGUUUGGCUGGAGCUUAAGUAGGCCGGUGGUAACGAGCUGCAGGUGUGUGUAAUUAGGUCUGGGUCAUGUUCAGGGAUGUGCUGCAACACAUAACCAGCAGAGGGCAGCAGAGCAGAACACAGAACGUGAUAUCACCAGCACAAACGAGGGCCGUAUUUAUUUGAAGCAUUUAGUCUCAACAGAAUCAUUUUUUUAAAAAAGCCACGAGCAAUAGUCGGCUAGCAUAACAGGCUGUAGCUAUCAACAAGUCAUACAUCCACAAAUAAGAAAGCAAUGAAAUCAUGCUGACAAGCAUGCAAUUAAAGGAAGCCUCCUUGCCCUCCCCUCUUGCACAACAAGCGCUUUCAUUGUGACAGGCUGCCGCGUGGGGCGCGCCAUCGCUCCAUGUCUCAUUUCCACGCCGAUAUCGGUCGUCCCUACUUUCGAGUGACUCCCGCGGUCGAGGACAAGUCGCCAGCAAACUGAAUUUGAUGGAUUUUUUAGCCCCUCUUUUCUGCGUAGCAGGCGGGAAGAUGGUGGGAGCCGGGAGAUUUAGAGCGGAUCACCCCCGGCCUGGACUUGGCCUCCUGACGUCCUCCAUUGGGAGGACUAAGUGCAAUACAAUAACGUGUGUCCUUUUUGAAAACCUUCCUAUCCCUUUCAAAGUAUUGAAACGUGCCAUGUACAAAUAUAUUGCUAUACUGUAUUAUACAUACAGUAUGUGUGCAUUUUCUCCUUUCAGUUACCAUGUGCUGCUUAUUAGUAUUAUUAUUAUUAUUAUUAUUAUUAUUACAUCAGCUAUUAUAACUGUUUUGUCGCCGCUUAAAGUGUGCUUGAACGUGAUGAAUGUUGAUGCCGGUGGUGAUGAUGAUGAUGAUGUAUGUGGACCGUCGAUGGCUGAUGACGAGUCUUCCCGUCCCGCGUCCAGGCUGGUCCUGAACGCGGCGCCGUGAAGGUCUCCUCACAGAAGCGACAUGGGAGGAUUUGGGAAGCGGAGCGUGGCGGGAUUUGUCGUUUUGAAAGAAGAACGAAAGGCUCUGCGGCUUGUUUGCGUGGUCGAGGUUCGUCCGAAAAGAGCACAGGACUGGAGUCGGGAGACAUGCUGGUGUCUCCUGACGUAUUAGGGCCGCACUGAAAAGACAAAAACAACGACGAGGAUGUCAUUUUAGAAAUUAAUACCGCAACAAAGUUACGACAAAGAGUUGUAACGUUCCGAAAAAUGUUUUUCUUGCAGUACUGUGACUUUUUCAGAUAUUCCGACUUUAUUCCCGUCACUUAGCAACUUUUUCUUACUGUUAAGACUUUGUUCGUGUAACAUUUCGUCUUUUUUUCCUUGCAAUCUGACGACUUCAUGACCUUGACAUCUUUUUCUCCUGUAACCUCGCGACUUUCGUCCCGUAACACGACGCCGUUUUUGUGCCACAUUCCGACGUAAUUCUUGUCAUUACAAUAUUACGACUUUAUUCUUGUAGCGUAACAACGACUUUAUUCGCUUGACCUUGUAACAUAAAGAGAUCUGGUAGCGUUACGACUUGAUUCUUUCUUGUUCCGACGUAAUUCUUUGUAGUUCCUGUAAUUUAGCAAGCUUUUUUUCCCCUCCUCAUUUCACCCAUGCAGUUUUAAAAAUUCCAUCAUGAAACGUUAUCAUUUUUUUUCUCCUAACAGUACGAAUCGCCUGUCGUAAUAUUACCAUUUUUUGCGCAACAUUACGGCUUUGUUCAUGUUUUUUUUUCCUUCAAACUUUUGACUUUCAUCCCGUAACAUGACGAUUUUUUCUUCGGAAUUUUCCGACGUAAUCCUGUAAGUUAGCAAAAAAAUUUCUCAGCAUUUUAGGAUUUCAUUCUCACAGUAUUAAAACUUCCAUUUUGAAACAUUAGCAUUUUUUUCUUGUAAUUUACAACUUUGUCGUCGUCUUUUGUGGUGUUAUUGCCACUUCCUGUGCAAUAUUCCGACUUUAUUCACGUAACAUUACAACUCAAAACUUGUCACAUUAAGACUUUGAUGUGGUAGCGUUACGACUUUAUUCUUGCCAGGUUCCGACGUAAUUUUCGUAAUUUUACUGUCACUUUUUUCUCGUCACUUUAUGACUUUAUCCACGCAGUGUGGAAAAUUCCAUCAUGAAACGUUUUUCUCUUAAGUUACCAAUUUAUUCAUCUUAAUGGUAAAAGUCUCUUGUCGUAGUAUUACCACUUUCUGCGCAACAUUACGACUUUUCUGUUUUCGCAAAUCACGACUUUAUUUGCUUAACAUUAUGACUAUGAUCUGGCAACGCUUCCACAUUGAUCUGUUUGUGUUAGGAUUUUAUUCUUGCCAGAUUCCGACGUAAUUCUUUUAAGUUAGCUAAUCUUGUUUUUCAUUGUAGGACCUUAUCCACACUAAUAAAAAUUCCGUCAUGAAACGUUAGCAUUUUUUUAGGCCGUAAUAUUACCACUUUCUGUGCAGUAUUACGACUUUAUUUACGUAACAAUGGGGUCGUAAUAUUUUUUUGACUUCUUUGUCUUUUUUUUUUUUUUUUACUAAGUUGUAACAUUUUUUGCCCGUAACAUAAUAACUUUUUCAUUUAAUUACGACUUUAUUCUCAAAACAGCUGACUUUUCACAAUAAUGCCGCUGUCUUCUUGUAACUUAACAUUCUUGACGCAGUGUGCCGACUUUGUUGUCGCAAUUUUCCGACUUAGUUGUCAUAAUAUUUUUUUUUACCACUUCUUUGCCAUAAUUUUUUUACGAAGUUGUCGGAACUUUUUUCCUCAUAGCAUGACUUUUUUCAUAAUUUAUAUUACAACUUUAUUCUCAAAACAGCUGACUUCUUGCAAUUUUGCAACUUUCUUCUUGUGAUGUGACAUUGUUGUCGCAAUUUUCCGACUUGGUUGUCGUCAUUUUUUUUAUGACUUUGUCAUAAUUUUUUUACAAAGUUGUUGUAAGUUUUUUUCUCCGUAACAUAAAGACUUUUUUUCAUAAUUUCUAUGACGACAUUAUUCUCAAAACAACUGACUUUUUGCAACAUUGUAACUUUCUUCUUGCAACUUAACAUUUUUGCCGCAGUGUGUCGACUUUUUGUCGCAAUUUUCCAACUUGUCAUAAUAUUUUUUUUACGACAUCUUUGCCAGGAUUUUUUUACGAAGUUGUAGUAACUUUUUUUCCUCGUAGCAUGACUUUUUUCAUAAUUUCAUAAUUUUUAUUACAACUUUAUUCUCAAAACAGCUGACUUUUUGCAAUGUUGCGACUUUCUUCUUGUAACGCGACAUUUUUGCCGCAGUGUGCUGACUUUUUUGUCGCAAUUUUCAGACUUAGUUGUCGUAAGAUUUUUUGUUUACGACUUCUUUGUCAUAAUUUUUUUACGAAGUUGUGGUAACCUUUUUCCCCACAACAUAAAGACUUUUUUCAUCAUUUUUAUUACGACAUUAUUCUCAACACAGCUGACUUUUCGCAAAAUUGCAACUUUCUUCUCGUAACGCGACAUUUUUGUCGUAGUGUGCUGACUUUUUUUGCCUCAAUUUUCCGACUUAGUUGUCCUAAUAUAUUUUUUAUGACUUCUGUGUCAUAAUAUUUUAACGAAAUUGUCGUAACUUUAUUUGCCCGUAGCAUAGACUUUUUUCAUAAUUUUAAUUACAACUUUAUUCUCAAAACAGCUGACUUUUCUUGCAAUUUAACAUUUUUGCCGCAGUCUUGCCGACUUUUUUGUUGCAAUUUUCCGACUUAGUUGUUGUAACUUUUUUUUACAACUUUUUUUGUUGUGAUUUUUUCACGAAGUUGUAGUAACUUUUCCCCCCGUAACGUAACAACUUUUGUCAUAGUUUUUGUAUUUCUUUUUAGUGUGGCCCUAAUACUCCGUACGUUGACGAAAACAGCUCCAGCCUUUUGCGUAAGUUGUUUCCUAUAUCGUAAUGGCAUUGUAACGGAUGGCGAUCGUGUCAGGCGUGACACGGCAGACACCGAGCUCUCCAACGGAACCUUUUGGUUAGUCGUCAAGACUAAGUAAGCCCUGAUGUUUGGCUGGCAGGAUGAUGGCGAUGCCGUGUGUUUUCAUUGUUUCCUGACGUUACGGUUUGUGCUCGACAAUGCAUUUGCUGUAAAUGUGCCUUGCGUUCUAAAGCCGGCUGCACUUGUUUUCUUCACUCGUGACCGACGGUUUCGCAGCAAAAUAUUUACCAUUUUGUGUCUUGAACGCACCAAAAAACACAUCCUUUGCUGUGCAGUAUCACUGACUGUGGAAAAGGAAAUGUGCACUUUCUUGGGGAAUUUUGCCCAUCAUCCAAAGUCCUUAAGUGAGACAUGAACACACGUCUUUCUCUUUUCUGUGGGUUCUAAAGAUAUAAAAAACAGCAAAAAAAGAGGCAGCUACUUAAUUCACGUAAUGGGACACACCUAUUCCGCCUGGAAAGCCCACCAUUAAAACACCUCCAAAACCCUCCAACAAGGUUUUAUGGUUUUCUAUCCAUGCUGUGAGCUAGCCGGUGUGGUGUGGCGAGGUGUCGCUACACCGUGAAGGUAGUUCUUUGGUGUAACUAUGUUAAUAACAGCAAUGUUGCUGUAGCUUGGUUUAUAUGCAGGUCACAUUGUAUGGAAAUGGCGGUUUUUUUCAGAAGCUCUUUAAGGAUACGUGCCCCUCAUUACGUGCAUUCUUAGCUGCCUUUUUUAGCUGUUUUUAUAGCUUUACAACGCACAGAGAAAGAGAAAGAUGUGAAAAAUUCCCCCAAAAAGUGCAGUCUUCUUUUAAGGGUACAUUAGCGACCUACUGCACCCCUCUAAAAAUGAAUAAAUAUGGAUAUAUGUGUACCAGACGGACUUCUCGUUUAAAAUAAACAGCUUUGUAACCAUAGAGUGAGUGUUCUGACAUGUGUUGGCUUUGUUUUUUGGGGAUUAUAAAGUGAUGACUGACAAUCAUUGACUGACUUCCGUCUGAUUUCUUAAUGUUUUGGGGUUUUUUUUAUAUCCCCUUCAUUUUGUUUGUAUCUGUGCCCCCCCCAAGGAGCUUGUGUUUGCGCUCCAUAAUGUAUAAUACUGUUGUGUUAAUCUUGAAUUUAUAUUUAUACAGAUUUACAUAUUUUUUUGUAUCUUCCCUCCCACCCCCCUUGUAUUUUCUUUCAAGUUCCCAGCGUGCUAAAGUCCAAAUGUCAACACAGUAUUAUUAUUAUUAUUAUUAUUAUUAUCAAAAUGAUCAUGUCAUGUGGACGGCUGUGUCUUUUUUUUUCACUCGCGUAUGAAUGGACACAUUUGUCAAGGGGCUGUCACCGUCUUUGUGUGUAAAAUGUAUGUAUAAAUUAAAUUAACCAACUCAGA